AGAGGGUUCUGAGCGUACCCCCACUUUAGAGUCAUACGGCGCCACCGAUAAAGCGAUACAGUGAACUAACUAUACGUCGAGAACUCAAAACUACAGACGAGAGAGAACGGAACAGACCAGUUGAACUGAGGAACAGUUACGAUGGGUUGGGAAGAAAAAGAGUUCGCGGCUGUGUUCUACAGCGAGCCCGGUGUGCUGGGCUUCCUGGCCAACGUACUGUCGGCCUUCCUGGCGGCGGUGGGGAACAUGAUAGACCCCGGCGAGCAGACCGUGGUCGGUACGGUCAUCACAGGUGUGCACCUGAUAGUUAUCGGCGGGUUCGUGCAGCUGGUGGCCGGCCUGCUCAGCUUCCGCAAGUACGACCACCUGGCCGCCACAGCCUUCGUCACCUUCGCCGCCCUCUGGAGCAGUAUGGGGGUUUUGAGGAUCCUGGAAGCCACCUCCGGCGUCACCGUAACCUCCGCAACACUCCCAGGCCUAGUCUCUUACGCAUGCGUGGCCCUAGUGUUAUCCGUAACUUCAGCAACUACUAACUAUAUCAUGCCACCUGUAGCCCUAACCGCUGCAAUUUUGCUAUCGUUUGAAACUGUGGGCUUGUACCACGUCUGGGGCAAGAAAGUAGCGUUCGCUUUAGAAGUUAUUUUGGUCCUUAUAGCCCUGUACGGGGCUACAGCAUUGCUUUUGAAGGGGGUUUUCCAACGAUGGGUUAUUCCGGGGUUCGGUAACGUUCCUUUCAAUGUUUUACUGUUUGGUACUAAGGCGGGUGGAUCAAAAAAUAAAUCGAAAGAAGAAGAGAAAAAGAAAAAUACUAAAUACGCUGAGCCCAUGGGGCUAGGUUAUCUUAGUAACGUAGCCGUAGCCGCCAUUUUUGCUUUCCACUACCUCGGUUUUACCGUGUCUUUUCCUACCGCCACACCGUGGAUCGGUCUCGCGCUGGUUUCUCUCAUCAUUGCCGCUUACUAUUCCUUCUUACGGAAUGAUGCUUUUCACUGCGUCAUGUUCGGUUCCCAGGCUACGUUCUGGCUCUGCCAGGCCGCGGGAUUGGCUGCUUAUAGCCUCGCAGGUGAAAACCACGGUCUUCGGUCCCCUCUGCUAGGUACGUGGGCGUUCCUUCCUACAUUCUUACUUCUUAUCCUGGUUUCUCUCACCAAGGACAAAGUGACGCUAGCCAACAAUUUAGUCUUCGCUCUCUUGUCCGUGGCGUGGUUCUCUGUCAUCCCCCUAGCGGGAGGGAAGUACGCUGCAGGCGCCCUGUGUGCCGCUCUCUCCCUCCUCUCUCUGUACUCCUCCUUCGCAAACCUCAUCAACUCCGUCGCGGAGAAGCCAAUCAUGUGGGUCGGCUCAAAAUCCGUCUCUAUGGCAACGCUCCGUGAAGGUUUGCAGAGGUUUAGAUGUUGCCAGCCCGACCCUGAGACGAACAGUAAGAAGAACGCAGACGACAGGUGCAGAGAGGACAGCGCUGACACACUGGCUUUCCUCAGCAAUGCUGUCGCGGCGUGGGCAGCGCUGUCCGGCAAUAGCGUCGGCACAGCUGCUGUCCACAUGGCCUGGAUUGUUGGAGCUGGGAUUCUGGUACAGCUGCUGUCCGCCUUGCUGUCACUGAAGGUCAAGACUACCGCAAAGCCUGCCGGGAUGGUGUACCUAGCGAAUGCUCUGAUGUGGGGAGUCUGGACACUCGUGAGGUUUUCAGGAUAUAUUUUCCCAAACAACUCCGCGCUGGACAACCACCAAGACAGCCUACUAGUCGGGGUCAUCGUCCUAAUGGUCAUUAACCUCGGUAGUAUUGUGUCCUCCUGUAUCGUCAGCAAGAUCUGGUUGGUGACCACAGUGCUAGCAGAGGUUGUACAGGUGUGCCUGCUGCUCCACACCCUGGACAAGCUGCCCGCACAUCUAGCGGAGGCGUGGCUGGGCCUGCUGGGGGUGGUGUGUCUGUACGGGGCGGGGGCAGGCCUGCAGGCCGCCGUGUGUGGAGUGGACGUGCUACCGGGCCGGGGGCCCGUCUGGCAGGUAAACUCGGACACGGAGGAAGAGUCCAGUUCCGGCCAGCUGACCAUCCCCACGCCGUCCUCCAGGAAGACCAGCGGGCUGCGGACCAUCGCGGAUAUCCUGGACGGGGGCGGAGUGUGCGGCAUCCCGACAGACACCGUGUACGCCCUGGCAGCCUCAUGUAAACACCCGGACGCCAUCAAACGUAUCUACCACGUCAAGAGCCGCCCUGCUGAGAAGCCGAUCUGUGUGUGUAUCUCGCACCUGGGUCAGCUGGAGGCGGCCCGGCCCGGGUUCAGCCCGCUGCUGUGGGACUUCAUGCGCCGAUGUUACCCAGGAGGAAUCAGCUGUGUGGUGCCUAAAGGAGACUGGCUCGCCAACCUAGGUCUGGGUGACGCUGUGAGUUAUAUCGGCACGAGUGACAGUAUCUGCAUCCGGGUACCUGACAGCACGGCCACGGCUCAUCUCGUGUCCAUGACAGGCCCCCUGGGCAUCACGUCAGCUAACCCGAGCGGGGAGCCUGACUCCACCCACCACGACAUGGUCCUGUCCUCCCUGGGAGACAAGAUAGACGGCAUGCUGUGUGACGGACCCUCCAACGAGUUGGUAGCGUCCACUGUCGUCAACUGCAUGAAGAUAGACGAAGUCGGCAUCUCGUUCUUCCGUGUGGGCUGUACUCCUCAGGAGCGGGUGGAGCAGCUCUUCGCACAGGCCAAGGAAGCAGUCCAGCAUGCGCAGUUGGAAGCGUCCAUCAACUCCCUUUAGACAGAACACGCCUAAAAUUUAUGAAAAACUUAAACUUUUCUCCAACUCAAAAUUUGACUCACCAGAAAUUUUCGACUGAAUCACUCAGUCUUCCUCAGCUAUCUGACCCAAAUGCUGUGGACACGUGAUUUUUCCCACGUGUGACGUCAGCAAAGGGUCAAAGGUUGUCUGAAGUCGAUAUCGCCCCCCGUCCCGGUUGAGCGAUGGUUGAAGUUUUUCAUAAUGUAAUUUACCAACUCAGAUGAACUUUCAUGCUGACGCCUAAAAUUUUUUAAAU